UUCCUCGCUACGCCCUCGAACGACAACAACAACGACAACAACAACAACAACAACAACAACAACAACAACAACAACGACGACAGCGAGAAGAAUUGAAGGAGGAAACAGAAAACGGGAAAAGGAAGAAAGUUACCAUGAUGAAUCAGGUGGCGGUGAUGGUGGUGGUGGUGGUGGCGGCCGUGCUGACCAGUGCUGAACCGGAACCUCAACCUGGCCACUAUCAACAGUCCUAUCCAUCGAAAAUUCACCCGUACGACUUCAAAUACCACGUGGACAGUCACUACGGCGCCAACUUCGGCCAGCACGAGAAGGGGGAUGGCAAAUCUGUCUACGGGUCCUACACAGUUAACCUUCCCGAUGGACGCAGGCAGAGGGUGGACUACACAGCUGACCACUACGGGGGCUACGUGGCCAAGGUGAGCUACUACGGCAAGGCCCACCACCCCAAGCACUACGGCAACCCUCAGACCUUCUUCAAGAACCACGGACACGGGCACGGGGGAUACCACUAACUGAUACCACUGCCACUACUGCUGCUGCUACUACUACUACUACUAUUACUACUACUACUACUAUUACUAGAAGAGCUAUGUAUGCUAUUAAUGUUUAAACUUUCCUAACUAAUACUAUUGUUGAUACCAAAGGCUAAAUAUUACUACUACUACUACUACUACUACUACUACUACUACUACUACUGUUAUUUUCACGUGUCUCUUUGUCCACGCCAAAGAUUAACCACAGACCAGCAACCAAUCAAAUCCUUCCUUUUUUUUUUGCCACUUAGUAAUAUUGGUGUAUUUUGAUUGGCUCCCACACCAGCCAAUCACGUACAAGCACACUGUUCUCGGUUCGUGUCGUAAAAAUAAUGUUAAGGUUUUAUUAAGUUUACAUUUUAUUACGUAUUCUAUUUUUAUUUUAUUGAUUUUAUUGUUUGUAAAUAUAGAGAAAGAAGGAAAUAUAUUGUCUUCUGCAGUUUAUUUUUGUUUAUCAUUAUUAUUAUUGUUAUUCCUUUUCGUAUUUUUUUUUAUUUCUAUUUAUUUAUUUUUUCCUUAUCAACUGUUAUUCAUGUGGGACUAUCAAACGAACAAACAAACGAAUGAACACAAACAAUCACAAUCUCUCUCUCUCUCUCUCUCUCUCUCUCUCUCUCUCUCUCUCUCUCUCUCUCU